GCUUCGCAGAGCAGUCGCAGUUAGCACAAGACAACAAGCGCCCACACACGAAGACGGUGGCCAGCACCGCUUUUCGGAAUACUCUUUGUAUAUCUAAACACGGAAACCGGAAUAAUCGAAAGCCUGAAUCAUGGUGGAACCCCAAAGAGAAAUUCACCUCUUCAAUGGUAAAGGCAGACGGGCAUCAUCAGAUUCAUUGUGAUUGGAAUUUUUGUGAGGCAAGCCGUGUCUGUUAGGUGUGGCAGACAGCGCCACCCAGGUGUACGGAGUGGAACUGCAACCAACGGACAGACCGCACGUCAGAGGACAUACUGCUGCUCCAGACCGACCGACGACAACGGGUUUCCACACGGGAACAAGCUCUCUCCGCCGGGAGAGGAGACGGGAGAAGCGGGAAGCUCACAGGAGCAGGAAGGUGUAGGCGUUCCUCCAUCUUUCUUUUUUUGACGGAGAGAAGGGAGCGAGGGGCGUGCGAAGAUGUCGUCCGGCCGGACCCAGAACCCCCACGGGCUGAAGCAGAUCGGACUGGACCAGAUCUGGGAUGACCUGCGCUCGGGCAUCCAGCAGGUGUACACCAGGCAGAGCAUGGCCAAGGCCCGCUACAUGGAACUCUACACACAUGUCUACAACUACUGUACCAGCGUGCACCAGUCGAACCAGGGCAGGGGGUCGGCCCCCCCCACCAAGCCCUCAAAAAAGACCACCACCCCCGGGGGGGCCCAGUUCGUGGGCCUGGAGCUCUACAAGAGGCUCAAGGAGUUCCUCAAGAACUACCUGACCAGCCUGCUCAAGGACGGGGAGGACCUGAUGGACGAGGGCGUGCUCAAGUUCUACACGCAGCAGUGGGAGGACUACCGCUUCUCCAGCAAGGUGCUGAACGGCAUCUGCGCCUACCUCAACCGCCACUGGGUCCGCCGGGAGUGUGACGAGGGCCGCAAGGGCAUCUACGAGAUCUACUCGUUGGCGUUGGUAACCUGGAGGGAGUGCCUGUUCAGACCUCUCAACAAACAGGUAACAAACGCGGUGCUGAAGCUGAUCGAGAGGGAGCGGAACGGGGAGACCAUCAACACCCGGCUCAUCAGCGGCGUGGUCCAGUCCUACGUGGAGCUGGGUCUGAACGAGGAGGACGUGUUCGCCAAGGGCCCCACGCUGUCGGUGUACAAGGAGUACUUUGAGUGCCAGUUCCUCACGGACACGGAGCGCUUCUACACGCGGGAGAGCACAGAGUUCCUCCAGCAGAACCCCGUCACGGAGUACAUGAAGAAGGCGGAGGCCCGCCUCCUCGAGGAGCAGCGACGGGUGCAGGUGUACCUCCACGAGUCCACGCAGGACGAGCUCGCCCGCAAGUGUGAGCAGGUCCUCAUCGAGAAGCACCUGGAGAUCUUCCACACGGAGUUCCAGAACCUGCUGGACGCCGACAAGAACGAAGACCUGGGACGGAUGUACAACCUGGUGUCCCGGAUCACAGACGGCCUGGGGGAGCUGAAGAAGCUCCUGGAGACCCACAUCCACAACCAAGGCCUGGCCGCCAUCGAGAAGUGUGGCGAGGCCGCUCUGAACGACCCCAAGGUGUACGUACAGACCACCCUGGACGUCCACAAGAAGUACAACGCCCUGGUCAUGUCCGCCUUCAACAACGACGCCGGCUUCGUGGCGGCGCUGGACAAGGCCUGCGGUCGCUUCAUCAACAACAACGCCGUCACCAAGAUGGCCCAGUCGUCCAGCAAGUCCCCCGAACUGUUGGCCAGGUACUGCGACUCUCUGCUGAAGAAGAGCUCCAAGAACCCUGAAGAAGCAGAGCUAGAGGACACCCUCAACCAAGUGAUGGUUGUGUUCAAGUACAUCGAGGAUAAGGACGUGUUCCAGAAGUUCUACGCCAAGAUGCUGGCCAAGCGGCUGGUUCACCAGAACAGCGCCAGCGACGACGCCGAAGCCAGCAUGAUCUCCAAGCUCAAGCAAGCGUGCGGGUUUGAAUACACGUCCAAGCUGCAGCGCAUGUUCCAGGACAUCGGCGUCAGCAAGGACCUCAACGAGCAGUUCAAGAAGCACCUGAGCAACUCUGAACCCCUGGACCUGGACUUCAGCAUCCAGGUGCUGAGCUCUGGUUCCUGGCCGUUCCAACAGUCCUGCACCUUCGCUCUCCCCUCAGAGCUGGAGCGUAGCUAUCAGCGCUUCACAGCCUUCUACGCCAGCAGACACAGCGGCAGGAAGCUGACGUGGCUCUACCAGCUGUCCAAAGGAGAGCUGGUCACCAACUGCUUCAAGAACAGGUACACCCUGCAGGCGUCCACCUUCCAGAUGUCCAUCCUGCUGCAGUACAACACAGAGGACAUCUACACGGUGCAGCAGCUCACCGACAGCACCCAGAUCAAAACAGAUGUCCUGUUUCAGGUCCUGCAGAUCUUGUUGAAGUCCAAACUACUGGUGCUGGAGGACGAGACGGCCAACGUGGACGACAUGGAGUUCAAGCCCGAGGUUCUGAUUAAGCUCUUCCUGGGAUACAAGAAUAAGAAGCUGCGGGUGAACAUCAACGUGCCCAUGAAGACGGAGCAGAAGCAGGAGCAGGAGACCACCCACAAGAACAUCGAGGAGGACCGCAAGCUCCUCAUUCAGGCUGCCAUAGUGAGGAUCAUGAAGAUGAGGAAGGUCCUGAAGCACCAGCAGCUCCUGGCCGAGGUCCUGAACCAGCUGUCGUCCCGCUUCAAGCCCAGAGUCCCCGUCAUCAAGAAGUGCAUCGACAUCCUGAUCGAGAAGGAGUACCUGGAGCGGGUGGACGGGGAGAAGGACACCUACAGCUACCUGGCCUAGCCCCGCCCCCUCCUUCACCUUUCAUUAGUUCUUUCUUUUAUCUCAGUGUCGAAGUAACAUAAGUGUGAGGCGCGGCCGGCCCAGCUGGUCUUCGCCACAGCAACGAGAAGCACUCAGCCACCCCCCCCUGCCCCCCCCCCCCUCCCCUCAGGUGUUGUGGGCACCUGGGGGCGUCAGACAAAACCCCACCAACCAAUGGCGUCUGAUCCCGCCUCCCGGCGACCCCAAGGACAAACCGCUAUUGCCCCCCACUACACACACAUGCACACAUCCCCUGUAUGUUUUCAUGGUGUAAAUAUGAACGAGAACUCUGGAAGAGACGAGUUGAUGUUUGGCCAGUCGUGGGAGGAGCAUGGAGCAGGGGCCAUCUGCAUGCCACCGCCCACCGUCGGAAGCCCCGCCUCCACCAGUUCCUAUAAUUUAUGUUCCUGUCUUAAUGGCAAACGGCGGCCGGGGUGACGGAGGGGCGAGGGCAGUGAGAGCCCGACUGGCAUAAACAUUCACACCCCCACCCCCUCCAGGACCAGCCGGAUUUGAACCGGGGGGGGGGGGAUGCUUGGAUUGGUUUUUGUUUUUCGGUCGGCUGGAACACCCUGUGCGGCAGGUGGACAUUUGUAUAGUGUUUCAUUUUCUAAGUGUGUGAUGAAUAAAAAGUUAAGAUUUCUCUAACAAAUGGUC